AUGCCGUCUGGGAAGCGUAAACAGCAGCAAGAGUCCAGCUCAGACGAUAGCCAGUUCGAGGAUCACUCGGAGCACUCGGAGCAUUCGGAGCCUGAGUCGGAACCUGUGUCGGAACCUGUGUCAGAAUCUGAUUCGGAAUCUGACUUAAAACAAACAACCAAGCGAAAGAAACCAAAUGAAGCAAACACUGCACACACUGCAUCUCACCCACAAUGCCCUCCUCCUCACAAAGCUCCUCCAGGCCAAAUAUCACGUAACACGCUCGACUUCCUCAAUUGUUUGAGAUACGAGCACUGUAACCAGCGUGAUUGGCUUAAUGAUGAAUUCAACAACGCCACCUACAAAUGUCAAUUUAGCGAAUUCAACGACUUUACCCAGCAAUUCGUCACCCGUGCAAUCGAUUUGGACGACAACCUCCCCCCAUACCCUUCAAAAGACCUCGUCUACCGUCUUUCACGUGAUCUGCGCUUUGCUCAUGACAAGACUCCCUAUCGGAAGCAAUUCAUGAUGACCUUCUCAAAAACUGGCAGGAAGGGUGUAUGUGCAGGCUAUCAUUUAAUGGUCCAACCAAACGGUAGGACUCUCUUUGCAGUCGGUAAGUGGCAGGCAGAGAAGGACGAGCUCGCGAGCAUACGCCAUCACAUCCUCACCGACCCACAACCACUGCUUGAUGUGAUCGGGGAAGACGCGUUUGUAAAAAAUUUCGGCAGCCCUAACGCACGCGAGAAAGGGAAGCGCGAGAGUCUUUUUGGGAUGGACGACGAGCUCAAGGUGGCACCUAAGGGUUGCGCUAAAGAUCACCCUCACAUUGACCUCCUCAAGUUGCGCUCUUUUAUCGUUGAAAGCCGCUUCAGCGAUAAUGAAGUUACAAGUGAAGGUUUCCUCGACACGCUCAUGGAAUCGGUGAAAAUAUCAAAGCCACUUGUUGAUCUUCUGAACGAUUGGAUGGGUGUUUAA